AUGUCUGAUCACAUUGCGACGGGACAACAACUCGCGAACAAAGCGGAGAAAAAGCUCUUCUGUUGUUGCGCCUUGUUUGGUUCCAAUUAUCAAGAUGCCGCUGAACUCUUCCUCAAAUCUGCUAAAUCGUUUAAACUUGCCAAAUCAUGGGAGAAAGCAGGUUCAGUCUUCAUCAAAUCAGCUAAAUGUCAUAUCAAGUUAGAUAACAAGUUUGAUGCUGCUAAGGCUUAUGUAGAUGCUUCUCAUUGUUUCAACAAGACAUCUAGAAAAGGAGCUAUUAAAUGUUUAAAUAAAGCAGUAACUAUCUUCACCGAAAUCGGUCAACACAUCAUGGCUGCAAGGUAUUGCAAGGAAAUCGGUGAGUUAUAUGAGCUUGAUCAAGACUUAGAGAAUGCGAAAUCAUAUUUUGAGAGGGCUGCUGAACUUUUUGAUUUUCGCGGUGAUUCAACAACCUCUGUGAUCCAGUGCAAACAGAAAGUUGCACAAUUAUCUGCUCAACUUCAAGAAUAUCAGAAGGCGAUUAAGAUUUACGAAGAUAUUGCACAACAAUCCUUGAAUAGCAAUUUAUUGAAAUAUGGAGUUAGAGGAUAUCUUCUUAAUGCUGGCCUUUGCGAGCUUUGUCGAGGGGAUAUUGUUGCAAUUACCAACGCCUUGGAGCGCUAUCAGGAAUUGGAUCUAACAUUCUCUAGAACCCGAGAAUACAAAUUUUUGGCUGAUUUGACUGCAUCAAUUGAUAAUGAAGAUGUUGCAAAUUUUACUCGAGUAGUCAAGGAGUUUGAAAGCAUAACCCGCUUGGAAUCUUGGAAGUCAACUCUUUUAACCAGAGUUAAGGAUGCUUUAGAAGCAAAAGUGAUGGAAGAGGGUGAUUUGACAUGA